AAGAGGUCAAUGUAACGUUUAUAAAUGAUUUCGAAAAAAGUAUUUUUACAGAGUAAUUGCUACCUACAAUUAUCUACUCUUAAAAAGUUCUCCUUAGCAUCCGUUGUUUGCUCGCGCCAUACAUAAAAAAUGGCGAUUUAAUUUGUUAUUAUUUACCGCAUCAGAAUUAUUUUUAUUAUCCGCACCUCUGGGUAUAAGAAGAUCUUAACUCUAAGAAUAUUGAGGUGUUAAUAAUUCUAUUUAAUGUACAAUUAUUUAAUUGUGCCAUGUAUACGGUCAGUAAUAUUGUCCAAGAUUCUACAAAUCUCUCUGUCUUGCCAAAGCGAGAGCAAAUUUGCACAGCAAUUAAUGAAAACACGGGAGAAACUUGUGGUGAAACUGAAAGCUUACAGAUUCUUGAUGAGUUUCAUAAAUUAUAUGAAGCUCGUAUCAAAAAGGUCGAUUCGGAAUCGGCAAAUGAAUUCGACCGUGUAUCAAUGAAAAUGAAAAUAAUGACGGAAUGGAUUAAGGAUUUGGGUGAACAGAAUAUUAUGUUAGUCAAUACUGUACAAGACCUGGAACAAACUGCUAGUGACAGAGUUAAAAUAUUAGAAGAAAAAUUAAAGCAGUCAUCUAAAGUUGUUUCAGAUAAAAUUUUAUUAACGGAUCAAUCAGAGGAGAAAUUAAGUGUACUCUCAAAUCGCAUCAGAGAACUAGAAGACGAUGAAAAGAACCUUCGUCAAAAAAUAGAAUUUCUGUGGAUUGAUAUCAAAGGAUUAUUAGAAUUGCUUAAAAGAGCUCAAACAGAUAAUGGCUGGAAUCUUGAUGGCAUAACAUUCUAUUACAUUAAUCCUAAUGAUAUUCCUACUCCUUUAAAUUGUGUAUGUGCCCAAGUAAAUACAAGUGUAGAUGACACUAUAAAUUCAAAGCAGGUGGCAGAACUGGAAGACAAGGAAGCUUAUAUGUAUCAAAGUAAAUUGGAAGAAAAAAAUGCUGAGCUUAAUAAAAAAUUAUCAAAGGAAGAAAGAUAUGUUUCUGAUGUUCAGAAUUGUAGUAAUGAACUUAUUCAAAAAUCUCAGGAAGACAAUCAUAUCUGUGUUAGAUCAACAUCACCUCCAACAAAUUCUGAUAAUACAAUCUUAGUUGCUGACAUAGUGGAAAGUAAAUAUAUUGAUAAUGGUUUAGAAGUUAAAAAACUUCAAGAGCAUUUACAAGAUACUGAAACAGAUAUAACAAAUAUGACACAUUUGCAACUUCAGUUGAAAAAAAAAGAUAAAGAGAUUGAGGAAAUAAAAUCUCAAAUGAAUUGUAUAAAAAAGGAAUCUAUGGAAACACAUGAAUCAUUAGCCAUAGAAAUUACAAAAAAGCAUAAUUUAAUAAUGUUUUUGAGCCAAGAAAUCAGAAAAUUAGAAGAACAAUAUCGUUAUGCUAAUAUGCAAAUCCAUUUUAAAGAUGAUAUUAUAAAAAAAAUGAGAAAGAAACAAAUUGAAUUGAAGUCUUCAUUUCCUGUUCAUCUUCGUUGCAUGUCGAAUUACCAUCAACAAUUCAAUGCUAAUGGUAAUAUAAGAUUUUCUCAUAAGUUAUGCAAUAAAAUUAUAACACCAUGUUACUUAUAUAAAGUUGUCAAAUAUAAAGAUCAUAUAUCUUUUCCAUAUAAUAAUUUUGAUACUUUAAUACAUCAUAAAAAACUAAUUGCAAAUACACCCAUUAUUGACUCGCAGUCACAAAAUAAUACAAUAACUAAUCUAGACAAUUCUUCUAAACAAAUAUACAAAAGGGAAAUUGAUAAAGGCAGAAGACGACGUAACAUUGACGAAAGUAUUGUGGAAUCCAUUAGAAAUAUAUCACCAUCUAUUACACAACACAAUCGCAAAAACAAUAAUUUGAAUAUUUACUCUUCACUGAAAGAUCAAAUUGAUGCUGAUGCUUAUAUAAUGGAUACAGAAUCCUUAAGUAAUUCAAGUAAUUCAUAUCAGUUAAAAACAGAGUUAAAAAAAAUCGUACGACACUUAAAACAGAAAAAUGUUGAGACGAGUGAGCAUAAUUUUACGACUGCUUAUAAAAACAUACAAAAUAUUAAAACGAUCCUAAACAUUUCUAAAACUUCGAAAGAUGAUAGAUCACAAACUGAAGAAAAUCUACAACCUUUUGUAGCAAAUAUUGAAGUCCAAUUAAAUUGCGUGCAUGAUGCAUUGCAAAAUGAAAAGCUUAGGCAUGAUACAGAUAAAAGUGUAGAUACGUGGAUGUAUGAUACAACAGAGAAGUUAAUGAAGAAUAUUGAAAAUAUUUCCAGAAUAUGUAAAGAAAAAAAAAAAGCGAUUGAGUUUAUGGAAUAUGCUACUGCUAAACGAAAUGAGAUGCAAAGUAGAAUGAAUAAUUAUGUUACAGAAAUGUCAAAGGAGGCUACAUCAAAUCCAAUUAUUGUUCAACAAUUCAAAUUAAUGGAAGAAUUUCGUGUAUGCACUGUUGAGGCACAAGCAGCAACAGAAGAUAUUCGUGAAGAAAUUAGCACUAUUCUUUCUUCAUUUGAUGUCCAACAUCAAAAAUACACUGAACUAAACAAAAUGGUCAAAGAUACUCAAGAACAUUUACUACGAUUGCGAGAAACAGUAUUACAAGCAAUUAAUGUAUUAAAAUUACAAGAAAUAGAAAGGACAAGACAUAUUGAACGAAUUACAACUGAGAAAGUGAAACUAAAAGAUAUAAAAAAUGAAUUUAUUCGUGCUCAGUCCGAGUUAUUUAAUUAUGUAAAUAAUAUACAACAAAAAAUCAAGGAUCAAAAUUUACCUGAAUGUGUAGAAACAUGCACAUGUAAUGAUUUAUUAAACUUUGUAGUUGACAAAAUCGAGCUUAUAGUUAACCAUGUUCAAAUGCAUCAAGAUCAGGAAUGUUUUUUUGUAUCCAAUUCAAUGGAGUUAAAAGAGCAACUUUGUUGUACAACAUGUUCCUUCCAAGAUUUGCAGAAACACAUGAGUACAAUUUUAAUGCGUAACGAAAUGGACGAAACAGUUCUUUGUGAAAAAGAAGAAAGAUUAGGAAGACUUGAAGCAGAAAUUGAUAGUGCACAUACAAAGAUGCAAGAUACUUUAGAAACUUUUUGGAAUACAAUAGAACAGGAUGAUUUCAUUGAACAUUCAGCAAAUUUCCAAAGCCAAAAUCAGACAAUUAACGAAUUAUUAAAAGCAAAGGAAGAUAUACAUAAAUUAAGAAAGGAAUAUGACGAUUAUAAGCUUAAAACAUUACAGAAAAUAUGUCAAACAAAAUCUGACGAUAAAAUAAAUCAAUGGAAGUGUCGUAUAAUGGAUUUGGAAGAGCAGCUUCGCAUCUUACAACAUGAGACUAAAUGUAAACAAGAAGCCAACAACUUUCUGAAAAAUAGCAUUGAGUCUAUGGAGAAAGAAUUAUCUUCUGUACAAAUGAAAGCAGAAAAUUAUAGACGUUCCUAUUCUAUUGAUAGUAUAGAUUAUCAAAAAAAAAUUUUAGAAUUAGAAAAUAUAAUUAAAAUACAGAAGGAAGUAGAAUUAAAACUUAGGAAAAGUUUAGAUAAUAAUGAAAUAGAACUUCAAAAAUCAAAAAAACAUUUGGAACCUUUUCAUAUAGAAUGUACUCCAGAAGAAUUAUCUAUAUGUUGUGGAUAUCAAUUGAAACAAGAGAGUACAUCCCAGCUUGUUAAUAUAUUACAAGAAGCAGUACAAUCAACAAAAAGUGGACUUCAAAAUGUCGAAUGCGAACUUAAAGUUCUGAUGUGUGAAGGAUCUUCUCAGUCUUGUACUUCAACAACUUUGGUAAUGACAAUUAUCGAUAAAUUAAGAAGAUACGAAGGACAACUAGAAAAAUGUUAUGGAGAUAUUGAAAAUCUUAGAAACACAUUAUGUUCUAAGGACAAACUUUUAGAAAAUAUGAAUCAAGUAGUUAUGAUCCAAAAUGAUUCUAUAGCAGUCACACAAAAUGAACUGAAGAGUCUCUAUAAAAAACAACAAGAAAAGAUUAAUAUGCAGGAUUGUAUUAUAGCUCAAUGUGAGAAGGAUAAAAAAGAGCUAUCCAAACAGAAUGAACUUCAAGCACAAACAAUUGGACAUUUGCAAAAUGCUGUGGUUGAAGCCAAAAGAUGCUUAGAUAGUAUGGGACAUAAAGCACUUUUUGUUAAAGGUGAAACUAUUCAAUUGUUAACAAUGUUUAUUGACGAAACUCAGAUUCAAUAUAGCGACUGUUUCACGGAAGCUGCUGCACAAGAAAAGUUGUUGGAAUUGCAACGAGAUGCCAUAGACACUUUGCAAUCGAAAAUUGAGUACAUGAUUAAUGAUAAACAUUUAGUAGUUACUUCUUUACAUACUACAUAUUGUUCCAUAUUAAGCAUAAUACAGGAUCAACUGAAGCUUUGUACAAAUGAUUUUCAAGCAUUAAUAUACAAGAUAAAUACUUUAAUGCAAACAAAUAUUAUUUUGGGAAAUAAGUACAUUACUGCAAAAAAAUUAUGGAAAGAAACAAAUCAGGAAUUGCAAGAAUUAAAAAAUAUGUUAUCCAAGGAUAAAAAACAAACAAAAAUGUAUGAAACUAAAUCUUGUCAAUGUAAAGUGGAUAUUGAGCAUAAGAGUUGUAUGACACAGAAUCUCACAUGCAAACGAACUUCAGAAGAUUCUUUAAUAUUAGAUAAGCAAGAUUCAUUUCAUCAAAGUCAUGAAUCACAAGCUCAGACUGAAAUUAUAAUUAGAGAAAAUCAAAAUUUAAACAAACAAUUACAAAAAUACAAAUUAGAUUUAGUUGUAUAUAAAAAUGAAUUGAAAAUAAAAGAUCAAGAAAUAAAAGAUCUUGAAUGCUGUUUAAAAUCUGAAAACCAAAAUCUAAAGAUAAAUUUAGAGAAACAAACCAAAGAAUUUGAAGAUUUAAUAAUAGAAUUAAAUAUUGCUAAACAAAAAGAAAUUAAUUUUAAAAAAUAUGUAAUUGAUAUGGAAACAAGACAAGAGGAGAUACAAAAUCUAAAACAGCAAAUUGAUUGUAAUGAAUCUCUAAUAAGAAAACAAGCUCAAGCCAUAGACCAUUUACAAGAAAAAUUACAUACAUCUGAACAACAAAUUAGACAAUACAUAUCUGAAUCUACAAGUUUUAAAGACAGAUUUUUAUCAAUAAAAGUAUUACUCAAAGAUAAAUCAGAUAAUAUGGCAAAAUUACAAGCAGAUUAUGAAGUAUUAAAAAAUGAGAAUUCAAUUCUGAAAACAGAAAACAUUGCAUUAGAAACUAAAGCAAAAGAAGAUCUUUAUUUAUUACGGAAAAAGUUAAAAGAAACUCAAACAGAAUUAUCUUUUAUAAAAGACAGUUAUUAUAAAACAGUUGAGGAUUAUAAUAACACUCAAGAGAACUUGAUCCAAUCUGUAAGAAGAGAAGCAGAACUACAAGAAUCAUUAACAAUUGCAGAGAAAGAUUAUUGCUCAAAGCUUGCAAAUUUUGAAUCAAAAAUUGCUAGAUUGGAAAAUUUAAUAUGUGAACUUGAUGAAGAAUCAACUGAUACUAAAAAAAUAUUAUCUUCAAAAAAUACUGAGCUUUGUCAAACACAAAAUAUGUGUAAAUCAUUUUCCAAUCAAUUGAAAACUGCACAGCAAGAUUUGUAUGAACUGCAAGAAAAAUAUAUAAAAAUGGACAAUUCCAAUUGUCAUUUGACCCAACAAUUGCAAGAAUGUAUAGAUGAGAACUGUUCUCUUUUGCAACAGAAAACUUCACUUGAACAAGACAACUACAAGUUCGCGAAUCAAUUACAUAACAUGCACCAAUCUUUGAUGGAGUUGAAAAAAGAAUGUCAAUCAAAAGACAAGUCUUUAGCAUGUGUGUCAGCAGAAUUAACUGAAACAGUAGUAAACAGGUCAGAACUUUGCAAUGAAUCCCAAUAUAUGGUCUCAUGUAUUCGUACAUGGAUGGAAGAACAAAGAAAGCUUGUUGAAACUCUUGUUUCAAAGUUACAUAUUAAGCAACAGCAAUUAACAAUAUUUAAACAGCAAUUUGGACAUGAAAAGAAAACUUUAUUAAUCAAAAUCAGGGAACUAAGACGAGUGAACAAUAUAUUAGGACAAAGAUUAAAAAGAGUACAUAGAACAACAAUUGGAAAAAAUACUAAAAGUACUGGAUAUUCAUAUUUGACACAGAACUUAGGUAAAUCGUCUAUAUGCCCGAUUAAAUCUGUACGUCGCACUUCAGUGUGUGGCAAUUCUUGGUGGUUUCCCAGGAUGGAAUACAUAACAAAUCAACUGAGAAAAAAUAAUCAAUGGUGGCAUACAAACAUAGCUAAUAAAUCAAAGAAUAAUAGUGGAGCAGAUGAAAAUCGAGAUUGUGGUUAUCAAUCGUCUGCAAGCAAAUGACAAUGUAUAAUAAAAUCUGUCAUAGCAUAGUCGAAUCAAAUCGAUGUAUGAUAGAAUAAUAAGAUAGAAUAAUAAUUAAUAUUGUUUACCACUGAAAUUUGUAAAGAAUUUAUGCAUUAAUGUUAUGAUUAAUAUACUCUAUUUGUUUUUUAUA